AUGUCGCGAGUACCAAGUCCCCCUCCCCCGGCUGAGAUGUCCAGUGGUCCUGUGGCAGAGAGCUGGUGCUAUACACAGGUGAGAUGUUUAUGCACAGCACUCUGUUAAAAAUCACAGAAUGAAGAUUGAGGAUUUUACACAAAAAAAUGUCUGCUUUGUUCCUCAGAUAAAAGUCGUAAAAUUUUCAUACAUGUGGACCAUCAACAAUUUCAGCUUUUGUCGAGAGGAAAUGGGUGAGGUUAUUAAAAGCUCCACUUUUUCAUCAGGAGCGAACGACAAACUAAAAUGGUGAGUAAUUGGAGUUACAGUUCGAUGUGGCUAAAAGUAGUUUGAAUGGAAAUUGUAUUUGUUAAUAGUUGUAAUCAUUUGCAUAAGGUGGUGACCAGUUUUGCUCCUGUUGCUAUAACCCAUAGGUGUUUACGUGUAAACCCUAAAGGAUUAGAUGAAGAAAGUAAAGAUUACCUGUCUCUCUACCUGUUGCUGGUCAGCUGUCCGAAGAGUGAAGUACGAGCUAAAUUUAAAUUUUCUAUUCUGAAUGCUAAAGGAGAAGAAACAAAGGCCAUGGGUUUGUAUCUUAUUCUUUAGUACCACUCACCUCUGCUUAUUUGAUUAAACCCUGCUUUUUAAAAUAAAAUAAACAUUCUUUAUGUCUCUUGUGUUGCAGAGAGUCAACGUGCCUAUCGUUUUGUUCAGGGAAAGGACUGGGGUUUCAAAAAGUUUAUUCGUAGAGACUUCCUGCUUGAUGAAGCUAAUGGAUUACUUCCUGAUGACAAGCUGACACUCUUUUGUGAGGUUUGGAUAACUACUAUGCAUAUUCUAUAUACUUAUCUUUUCAAAUGUGGACCAGUAUGCUGGGCCUUUGAUUUGCCACCUUUUGGGAUGAUUUAGGAGCUCAAUGCUUUGAAGACCAGACAUAUAAUAUUAUUAUUAAAAACAGAUGUCCAUUCCAGAAAAUAUGAAGAUGUCUCUUUAGAACAUUAGUGUGGCAAGAUGUUGGAUUUCAUUGCUUUUGUUAAAAUGGCAAAGGCAUCUGAUGUCUUUGGUUUUUAUAUUUUUCUGUAAAGCAUUUCCUAAUUGGGCUCUAACAUGGUCAAAGUCACGAUAACACAAGAUUACAUUCUCCUUUUUUAACACAGGUCAGCGUAGUGCAGGACUCUGUUAACAUAUCUGGACAGAACACCAUGAAUAUGGUGAAAGUUCCAGAAUGUCGACUGGCCGAUGAACUUGGAGGAUUAUGGGAAAACUCACGUUUUACCGACUGCUGCUUGUGUGUAGCGGGACAAGAGUUUAAGGCACACAAAGCUAUUUUGGCAGGUCAGUGUCAAACAAAUGUACACCAGUUGGAAAUUUAAAAUUUAUUUAAUAGUGAUUUACUUAUCUAUGUGAAUGGUGCAGGGGUAUGUUAGCUUUAUGUAAUGACCAAUUUUAAAUGCAUUGUCCUGCAAGAGUGGAUUGUACAGACAAACCCUUUAGGGCCUGUUUCUUUCAUUUGGUUUAGCACUUUCACAAAGUGCUGGUGUAUUCCACCAGUGCUUCACAAGAUAUCUGUUACAUCGAGGACUGGGUAAUGUAGUUCACAGCGCUCAUGAGUGCAAAGGCUUGCCAUAACUAGUAUGUUUGUUAAAUAAUUUUGGGUUUGUUUCUGGUUGCAUACAGCACGAUCUCCAGUCUUCAGUGCAAUGUUUGAACAUGAAAUGGAGGAAAGCAAAAAGGUAGGCAAUAUAUUUUGAUUCAAAUAGCGACGAGGUAGCCAUUUUCCCUUCUCGCCACCAUUGUUAAACUAUUACACAAAAAAUGAUGACAAUGCUCUCCUACAUCUAGUAUUGGUGUAGACACUAAUAAUUCAGAAAUCAUCAGCUCCUCAUUCACAAAACAACUUGAGAAAAAUAUGUGCAUGUGGCUUAAGGCAUCAGCUGAUGCUCUCAGCCAAUCAGUGGCGCCGCUGUCCAAGGCUUGAAUUAGAAGGCGAAAUCGGAAAGGAGAGGGCCAGAACUAAGCAGCUCUGGAUUCAUUACUUUGGGGUUAAAAGUUUAAACCCUUAAGGUUAGCCUGCGAUAAAAACCCUCCUGGCACCAUGACAUCUUGAUUCCGAUGAAGUUGUUAUGGUGCCUGAAGGUUUCUUUUAUAAAGACUCUUUCAAAGCUGACACACUCAGCCAAUCACCGCAUAGAAGGAAUGGUCUGCUGGGAACUCUCAAUUAAGUGAUUGAACGCUUAAUGGAUGGAUGGAGCCUGGGUGCCUUCUAUCAAUAUAGAUUUUAUAUAUAUAUAUAUAUUCUAGUCAGAAAAUGCUUUUUACUUUUUUAAAUUUUUUUAUUAUAAUUAUUAUUAUGGGGAAUUACUGAGGCUAUUAGUCCAUCAGCAUCGCCAGGUCCCUGGCUUCCUCAUUGAAACAUCAGACUUGAAUAGAAGUUCAGGAGCAGCGUAAUUAGAUGCUGGAUUGAAAGCCUUGGGGUUAAACUGUUUAACUAGUUAACCUCUUUGCGUAAGCCAUGGCCUGGGAUCUACUCGCACCAUAACAAAUUCAUUCUGAUACAGCUGUUUUGGUGCCUGGAGUGGUCCUUCUAAUGCUAUUUUAAGAUAAUUUAUGUCGGGGAUCAAAGUUUCCCUUCCUCAUUAUUCAUAGGUGAGUAAAUUCAGUGCUGGAAAGUAGAAAUUGACCCCUUGGCAGUGUACUAUGGACCCUUCGGGCUUGCAGUGGCGAGAAACCUUAAGGCGCAGCUAAUAGUAAUGUAGUAAAGUUCAGCUCUGUUCUAUGCUGGCAAGUAACAAGCUAAAGCCCAUGUGGAAAUAAACUCUUUAAGUUGAAAAGUAAAGAAUUUGAGUUUGCUACCACCUGAUUAUAUCACCCUGACCUCACAGUGUGGUCAUACAAAGGUAUUACAAUUUAUUUGCAGGUGGAGCUAAGUGGAGAUAUAUGGAAAAGAGUCAUGUUGAAUUGAUCUAUUUGCACAAAGUAUGUUUGUGGAUUUACUGUUGUAAUUUUCUUGAUACACGUUAGGUCAAAGUCCUUUGAUUAUUCGUUUAGCAUUAAAAAGACCUUUAUACUGAGCAUUAACAGAUGUUUGUUAGGUUUAUACCAGAAUGUUGUUCCCAUGUGGAGUAGACAUAAAAUUUGAGAUUUGUCAGAGAUUUGCAGUUUAUUUAUUAAUAUAAUCGCUUGCUUCAGACUCAAUUUAGAUAAAUUGAAUAAAUAAACACUUGUACUGUUGAGUAGAAUUUUCACGUUUUAUUUUACGUAGGGCCAGGAUUUAGGGGUUAAUAGGUAAGGUAUGGUUGAGCUGGGAAUUUCAAACACUAUCUUACUGUAAAUUGCCCCUUUUUUUUAGCAUAAUGUUUUAAUGAUUGUAGCCUUACCGACAAAUCGGUGUGUAAAAUGCAGUUCUUUAAUAUGGUUCCAAAACUUGUACUGUUAUUUUUAUUUCAGAAUCGUGUGGAAAUAAAAGACGUAGAGCCAGAUGUUUUCAAAGAAAUGAUGUGCUUCAUAUACACAGGGAAAGCUUCUAAUCUUGACAAAAUGGCAGAUGAUCUACUGGCUGCGGCAGACAAGGUAAAAUUGAGAUGGAAAUAUAGUCAAAACGGGAGGGGGAAAAAAAAUUUAGUUGGGUAGCUCACACGUUAUGAGCAAGACAAACAAAAACCUGUUCAAUUUGUUUUACGUACAUUAACCAUCUGCUCGUAGUCAGUGUAAUUUAAUGGAGAUAGUGUAGUGAGGUGCAGUGUGCAUUGUGUAUAGAUGUGUUUAUUGCCUUUGCUUAAACUAAUUUAAAGGGACACUCUAAGCCAAAGAAAUUUUAGCGUUAUGAAGUGUGCUUGGUGUAUAGAUCAUGCCCCUGCAGUCUGACUGCUCGAUUAUCUGCUGAUUAGGAGUUAAAUCACUUUGUUGGUGCAGUCAUAACCACACAUCUCUUGGCUGAGACUCCUUUAGUCUCUCUUCAUAUGCCCUUAAUAAAGUUUAAAGUUUUAGCUUCCCUUAUUCUUUUAAUUCAGAAUUUCUUUUCUUCUGCUUAGUUAAUAUCAUGUUGGAAAUUGCAGGAGCUUCUUGCGUGUGAUUAAAGGUUCAAUUAACAGCACAGGGGCUAAAAACAUCAAACAUAAACAAACUGUGCUGUAAGAUCUGAUUGACAAAAAUAAAUAAAUUCAUGGAGGUUGCAUGAGUCACAGCCAGGGUAAGUGUGGCUAGGGCUGAAACAAAAGUAAUUUAACCCCUAAAUGGCAGAGAAUUGAGUUGUGAGACUGCAGGGGUAUGAUCUAUAAACCAAAACUGGAGCGUCGGUUUGGUGCUUGGAAUGUUCCUUUAAGGUAGCAAGGUACGAGUGCGCAGUCAAUAGAACUUGAACGGGAUACUUUAAAAUGCGUAUGUGUUGGCUGUAGAUGUUAAAUGUAGAUUUGGAGGGGAGGCUUACAUGUUUGUACAGGGAGAGGAAAGCGAAGGCAGUUGAUUUGGCAGAAUUAAAGCUAUUAACAACUAACACUGCGUGUUCAUGCAGAGUGUCAUUAUGGCGUUUGCUUAUUAUUGGAGCUAAAGCAGUGUUUCCCAAACCAGUCCUCAUGGCACCAACAGUUCAGGUUUUGUUAGUUUCUCCAUUGGAAUAAUAAAAGAAAAUUCAUAAAUCCUGGAUUGUUGUUGGGCCAUGACGACCCGUUUAGGAACCACGGAGCUUAGAGCAUACAAUGUGCUCUACUGUCUAAAACUGAUACCGGUCAAGAAAAUCUUGGAAAGAAGGGAAAUGGUGGAAGGAGAUGGUGUAAGACCUGUCACAAUGACUUCAGUUACGGAGAUACAAUGUUGUACUUUGCGAUAGUGUGAACGUACUCUGUAAGGGUGUCUCACAAUAGGGCACAGAGCAACGGUGAGUCUGUCAGUAUGAAUGGUGGUUAUAGGAAGUAUGGUGUUCUAUAAAACAAGCAUCCAUUGGGUUAACAAUGUUAGGUUGAUCUAUUAAUGUUUUGACCACACUGUAUUUGAUACAUGAUAAAAGCAGAAGGGGUUCGAAAUACAAGCACAAUGGAAGUGAUCAUAAAUAGGAAGGAGACAUUGGAGUUAAAUUGGCAGGGUUUGAAAGAUAAGACAAUGAGAUGGAUUUUAGUGUAGUUCUAGACAAACCAUGUGACUUGAUUGGGUCAAAUGUUAAGGCUUUGCCAAUAAGGAAGAGGGGCUUAUGGCUGAUCACGUGGACACAUGUUAGGAUGGUCAGAAAGAAAAGAGUAAGCCUAUUGGUGAGCAGCAUGGCAUUAUUCGGAUGGAGACAGUAGGAAUAGCAUUGGCAGGGAGAUUAGGGUCAUGACUGCAUACUGUACACUGGAACAAUUAAUAUGUAUUGUAAAAGGGAAUAAUAUAUUUUGCCUUUUCACCCAGUGCAGUCUUUAUGUAAUGCCUUGUCAACUAUGAAAGUUGGGAAUAAUUGUAAAUAAUCUGAUUCAUGGAUGAAUUUAAUGUUGUGUGUGUGUGUGUGUGUGUGUAUAUAUCUUAAAAAGCAGGGCUGUAAUUAUAAUAGGAUGUGUGGCUGUAGUGGAGUCAUGCAAUAAAGGGUAUAUAUUUAUAUUAUAUUAAAUACAUUCCCGUAUAGUUAUAUAUUUGCUUUGGAAAGAGAAGUAUUAUAAUUAUGGAGUGGUGGAAGGAGAGACAUUACGGUAUAUUUAAUAAUAACAAAACUGGUGUUUUGACUAGAUUGACUCCUCACUCUUCAAUGCAAGUGUCAAAUCGGUAUCACAAUGUAUAUGGUAUGUUAAAGAGAGAUUGUCAGUUAGCAAUUUUGUGGUUUUUAAUUUUUAUUUUUUUAUUUUUUAUGCAUUAAAAUUAAAUUGGUAGGAGACCUAAAUUAGUUCAGCAAAAGUUUUGUUAUCCACAAUUAUUUUGACAAGAAUGUGGUUUUAAAUGCCUGUGUGCUUAAUUGCAGUACGCUCUAGAACGCCUUAAAGUGAUGUGCGAGGAAGCACUGUGUAGCAACUUGUCUGUGGAAAAUGCAGCUGAAAUUCUGAUACUGGCUGAUUUACACAGCGCAGACCAGCUCAAGACACAAGCUGUAGACUUUAUUAACUAGUAAGUAUAUAAUAAAAGGCAUACAGUGCAGUUAUGGUGGUAUUUUUAAAACUCUGUAUCUUAUGUUAGUUUUUUUUCUUCUUUUUUUUUAAAAAAAAUAAAAAUAUCUGAAUGAGUUCUUGUGGUUUCUGUAUACCCUGGAUUUUUUUCACUAUUGAGUUACGUUGAUAUCCAGUUUUCUGAGUUUCUCUAACUUAUAUUUUUCCCUCCUUUUUUCUUUCAGUCAUGCAUCUGAUGUGAUGGAGACAUCUGGAUGGAAGUCCAUGGUGGUCUCUCACCCACAUCUUGUAGCAGAAGCAUACCGCUCCCUGGCUUCCGCCCAAUGCCCUUUCCUGGGACCCCCACGCAAACGUCUGAAGCAAUCCUAG